AUCCGGUUGGACGUUCGUGGAAGCGCACUUAGCGAUUGCAAGAGUCAGGACAGAGAAAGCCGGCGAAAGAGUGACACCGUGCCGGUAGCAUUAAAUAGCAUGGGCAUCCCACGACAAACGUAGCCAAAGUGAAAGUGGCAAAUCGCCUAAUUUUCUCAGAUCCCUCGCCGCCGUUGCCGACCUCUCCGUCGAUCUCGAUCUCGAUCCCGAUCCCGAUCCCUUCUCCUGCCGUGUACCGCAACCAGUCGAAAGGUUUUGAGAUUUCCAUACCCUAAGGCGGGUCUGGUCUUCGGGAUCCCAUGGGAUACCAACCUCAAUUCCACCACCACCACCACCACCACGACGUUGAUGGCACCCACAACCAGGUCGUCAACAGCCCUCGCUACGCCGGAUCCAUGACGCGGCGAACGCAUUCCUUCAAGCGGGCAGCGGCCGGGAGCGGGGACAUCGAACUGCAGAUCAACUCACCCAGGACGGGUUCUGCGGAAAAUCCCGGGAGCCCCGUGCGAGACACGACGGAAUCUCCUUCCGCGGCAACGGCGGCGGGGGAAAGGAUGCAAGGCGGUGCGGGCUCCAUUCUUCUCCAUCAUCAUCAGCAGAACCUGCGGUUCCGGUUAGGCGUGCCCAUUCUAGGAAAGAAGCAGCGCGGCCCAGUGGAGAUGGGCUCUCGGGAGAGCAAAAAGGUUGCCAACUUUUUGUUCUUGGUUUUCAUCAGUGUUUGCUUGGUGCUCGGGGUUGCGAAGAUCUUUGCUAGCGGAUGGUUUUCUAUGCGCAUGUCUGACACAGUGAGGAAUUAUCAGGAACUCUCUCGCGCUCAACAUCUCAAUUCAGAAAUUACCAGCAGUCAUGCUAUUAGGAGUUCUAGUGACAGGGAGCGAACUUUAAAGACCAUUCCAUUAAGCAUUCAUAAUAGUCCACAGUACUCAGGUAUAUGGGCCAAGCCAAAAAGUGAAAACUUCACUAAGUGUAUUGAUCAUACAACUAAAAAGAAGAUCGAUGCAAAAACGAAUGGAUACAUUCUAAUUAAUGCAAAUGGAGGUUUGAAUCAGAUGAGAUUUGGGAUAUGUGAUAUGGUUGCUGUUGCAAAGAUCAUGAAAGCAACACUGGUUCUUCCAUCCCUUGAUCAUAACUCCUACUGGGCUGACAAUAGUGGUUUCAAGGAUCUUUUUGAUUGGAAACAUUUCAUUGAUUCCCUCAAGGAUGAAGUACAUAUUGUUGAAACAUUGCCUGCUGCAUAUACAAAAGUUGAGCCUUUUCUAAAAACUCCAAUUUCGUGGUCCAAGGUUAGUUAUUAUAAAACAGAGGUCCUGCCACUUUUGAAACGCCACAAAGUUAUAUAUUUCACUCACACAGAUUCUCGACUUGCAAAUAAUGAUCUCCCAAGCUCCAUUCAGAAGUUAAGAUGUCAUGUUGACUACCAAGCAUUAAAAUAUUCAUCCUCAAUUCAGGAACUUGGAUCCAUGUUAGUUUCAAGAAUGCGCCAAGAUGGAAGUCCUUUUCUUGCUCUCCAUCUAAGAUAUGAAAAGGACAUGUUGGCAUUUACUGGUUGUAGUUUCAAUUUGACUUCUGGAGAAGAUGAUGAACUUCGAAAGAUGCGUUAUGAAGUAAGUCAUUGGAAAGAGAAGGAAAUCAAUGGAACUGAACGGAGGAGUUUAGGUGGCUGCCCUUUAACACCAAGAGAGACUGCCCUCCUUCUAAAAGCACUUGGGUUUCCAUCAAGCACAAAAAUAUACUUGGUUGCUGGUGAAGCUUAUGGAAAUGGAAGCAUGCAAUAUCUACUUAAUGACUUCCCAAAUAUAUUUUCACAUGCAACUUUGCUAUCAGAAAAAGAACUUGGACCGUUACGGGAUCACCAAAAUAUGCUGGCUGGUUUGGACUAUAUUGUUGCUCUUGAAAGUGAUGCUUUCCUUUACACCUAUGAUGGAAAUAUGGCAAAGGCUGUGCAGGGCCACAGGAGGUUUGAAAAUUUCAGGAAAACAAUCAACCCAGAUCGGAUGAACUUUAUAAAACUAGUUGAUGAGUUUGAUGAUGGGAUUAUUUCAUGGAAGACAUUUAGCUCAAAGGUUAAGAACCUACAUGAAGAUAGAGUUGGAGCUCCAUAUUUCAGGGAGCCUGGAGAGUUUCCAAAGUUGGAAGAGUUCUUCUAUGCCAAUCCUCUACCUGGAUGCAUCUGCAAGAAACAGCAUCUGGUUGAAUAGAUUGGUAGUUUUCUGGCCACUGUUCCUCACAUUUUCAAGAGGCGAUGAAGACCUCCACCCUUGAAGCAGUUCAAGCUCCAAGAAAUCUGUUUAAAGCAAUCCUGAAAUUUUCAUUUGGAAGCCAGAAAAAUUCUUUACAUAUAGUACUACGAGAAAUUUCAAUCUUUAAAUUCAUCUGUUAUGCGGAGUUGCACAAAUGAAAGUAUUGCAUUGUCCAAGGGAGAGUAACUUGCUGUGGGCAUUGGAAGAAAACUUGCUGCGGAUAGUCUGAACAUCGACAUUAUAUAAGGCGAUGCUGCUGAAUAAUUCCAGUUAUUAUUUCUAACAUGUUUCUGUUUUCUUACAUAAAUAGAAACAGUUAAAGGUAAUCACUACUUUUAAGCACACAUGCAAAUUGAACUUAAUUUUUUUCCCUUGUAUACUAUAUUGAAAGUUUUGUGCAGAUUAAUUACUAAGGUUAUUGAAACUGCCGUUUGCUAUAAACGAAUUGCAAUGUAAUUGAGAUGGGCAUGUUAAUUAACGAGUCUGAGGCAAUGUUGAUGUUUCA